AUCGCUUGAAGCGACAAUAGCCUCGGAUCGGUGGCGACGAGAUCGACGACGCUCGAGACACAACGCACGCUUCAUCGCUUCACUCGACGUCAUCGCCAUGGAGGAAAAACCAUUGCAUCAUGCAAUACUUAAGUACAGGCAUCUGAAUGACAGAAAGCACUCGUCGCAACCUACCGCGAAUGGCAUGAUCGGCGCGUCGGCCACCUCCACGUCCGACGCAGCGUCCGCCACAUCCACAGUGCGCAAGAGACAACCCUAUUCGUACCAAGACCAUACAAGCGUAGUCGGGCAAUUGCUUGGCGCCACAUCGGGUGCGCGAAAAAGCACCGUAUCGUCGCUCAAUGGAUUGUAUCUACCAACGACGGCGAGUAGCAAUGGCGGACUGUUGCGGCCGGCGGCAUCGUCUAGCCUCCACCAUCAUCAUCAUCAUCAUCAUUCGAACCAUCACAUCUCGCCAUCGACAACAAACGAAGGGUUUCAGUACGAAGAAGCUUUCAAUCGGGGCAAGAGACACGUCGAGAAGAAGGACUACAAGCGCGCCGUGUCUGAGUUUUCUGAAGCGAUCACGAUCUCCCCGAACAAACUCAAGGCGUACAUCCAGCGAGGCGACUGCUACGUCAACACGGGGCGCUUUCAACCCGCGAUAGACGACUUCUCCAAAGUCAUACAGAUGACCCCUGCCAACGCCGAUAUCUUUGCGAAACGGGCAAAGGCGUUUGAAAAAAUGCACAAGUUUGCAGACGCAAUUGCCGACUACAGCCAGGCCAUCGACCUCAGCACGUCGCCGACUAAGGUCCGGGAGAUGUAUUUGGCUCGCGGCCGCGUCUUCAUGUCGAUGAACAGCCUUGCACAAGCGCUGGACGAUUUCACGGUGGCCGUGGAGCUCGAUCCACGGUCGGAUGUUGCUCUCUUUGAGCGCGCGAGUGUGUUUGCUCAACUGAAAAAGUAUGACCUAGCGCUGCACGACCUCGACAAAGUCAUCGAGCUCGAGAGCAAGCCUGGUCGCACCGUGCGGCAAGAGUCGUGGCUCGGUCGAGCGCACAUGUUGCUAAAGCUUGCCGACGAGGAGGAGCACACUUACAUCGCGGAUGAGUCUGCUGCAUCGACCGAGGCCGGGUUUGGUGCGAACGACCCCUUGUCGGUCUUCCACGUCGACCGCGAGUCUGCGCUGGACGUCCAGCACACGUCUCCAAAUCAGAGCGACGCCGCCAAGAGCUACGUCUUUCGCGCGAUCAAGGACGUGACGAACGCGUUGGAGGCGGAGCCGGAAUCGGUGAGUCUCUUGGAGAUGCGAGGCGAGGGGUACCUUCGAGUUGGCGAUUUCCACAACGCUCUCGUCGACUUGAACGCCGCGAUUAGUCGCGAUUCCAAGAAUGCGUCGUUGCUACUGCUGCGGGCGAUGGUGUUCAAGUGCCAGGAUGCGCAUCUGUCCAUGGUGCCUCUCGCCCGAGCGAUCAAUCAAGUCACGCGGGUGAUCGAGCUGUCGACGAACGCUCACGAAGCAUACUUUGCACGAGCGAGGCUGCACGUUGAAAACCACUCGAUCGAACUCGCUGUUGAAGAUCUCAGUGCUAUUGUGGAGAUGUAUAGCAAUGCGCUUCAGCGCAAGGAAGAAACCAAGGGCACGGCGGGAUUGUCGACAGGUGCCAAUCCGCUUGUGGAUGGCCACGACGGCGGCACUGCCUUUGCUUCGUCGCUACAUUUCCGCCAACAGCACGCCGCGCCAAGUCCCACGGACAUUGCGCUGAGAGCACUGCUUUGCCGUGCGCGAUUGUACAUGAUGUGGCAAGGCAGCGCCAAAGCAGUCGGCGUCAAGGAAGCGAUGGCCGACUACCAGCGGAUAUUGUCGGUGGCCCCCGGCAACCUGGAUGCGCAAAUGGAGCUGCAAGUUGCCAAGGAUGUUGAGGAGAAGUCGCAAGCGGACCUUUCUGCAGCCGCAUUCGAAUGGCUGAUGAAGCACGGAAAUGGUGAAAGCACCAGCGGAGGGAGUGCGUCGAUGAAGGAUCAGCACAGCGCGGAGGGUGGGAAAAGAGCGUCGAAGAAGAAGAAGAAGAAGGGUCCAAAGCAACUGCCACCCACGCCAGACGCCGUGCAAGUUGCAACAGAGCCUGUACCUCGGAUCGUGCUCCCUCCACCGAUGGUGGUGGUGGAUCCAGUGCCUCCAGCGUCCCAGCCAUCCCCUUCGACAUCAAAACCCCCCACUCCCCCAACGAAUCGACGACUCCUGUCCGCAAAUGGCCAACAACAACUACCUCCCACCCCAAUGUGUACCCGCGACGAGGCGUGCGAAAGCAUGAGCGAAGCAGAAGUUGCGCCAAAGGACCAGCGACGAGCGAUUUCUCCGACUGUGUCGACCAACUUGGUAUUUCACUUUUCGCUCACGGAAAACGAUGAAGACGCUGCUGCCAAUUCUCCGCCUGCCGUCGAAGCGCUAGCUGUCACUUCCACUACUCCUCCCACCGUGAUAACCACCCGAGACGUGGCCACGGGCAAGCCAUCGAGGGCGACAACGAGCCCGCCAGUCAUCGCCUCUAACGGCAGCCUAGACGAUGCUGCGUCGAUGGACGAUGAAGAAGCGGUCGACUUUCAUGGAGAGCGCAUUGCGACGACGCCUCUGUCGAUGUCUUCGUCCGACAUUUUGAUGGACGAGCGGUAUUUGAAAAAGCGCAAGAGGCAGCUCGAGAAACUGCGGCAAGAUCUCGUGGAUGCUUGUGCGAGGCGCCAAAUCGACCAAAUCAACGACGCGAUUGUCCGCGCUGCGCGCAAACAAAUGCACGACCAGUUGGUCGAUGAAAUCCACACAGCCAAGCAGUUGCUCGAGGUGCUCCAGCAAGCACCUCCACCCGACGAAGGAGCUGGCGACGACACGGUUGGAAACGACAAGGGUGGCGACCACAUUGACGCGGACAACGCGGGGGCGCCACAGGCUACAAAAGGAUCGACAACGGCGGAAGGGACGAAGGGGUUGGCACCAGCUUCCUCUCCAAAAUCCAAAUCGUCGGCACCGACAACACCCGACAAAGUGAAGGCAAAAUCCCCCAUCCGAUCCCUUCCAACGACCAACACGUCGCCAGGCGUUGUCGCCUCAAGGAUACCCACAGGAGACGGAGGUCGAGACGCGAAAGAGACGGACGCUCACAUCGUGAUGCUUCAAAGCCAGCUCGAAGCGAUGCAGCUGCAGUAUACGAGGUGUCGCAUGGACCUGGAGCGGAUUCAAGUGCAGCUCAAACCAGCACUCAACUACAACUUGACCGUUCCAUUUGCCCAUAAACUACAAGGCAUGGAGCGGUGCAUGCGGCCGUUGAACCCGUCGAUUCUCGGGUGUCCGGCGAUGCGCCAAGUCGACGCCAUGAUCAAUCAAGCAUUUGGACCGACGCUGGAGUCCCAACGAGUACGGGCCAAACUCCUGCGGUAUCUUCGGCAUGUUCUCGACCAGAGCCACUGCUUCUACCCGUGUACUCCGUCGGGAUCGUACCCGCUCAAGACAUAUUUACCAGACUCGGACAUUGACGUAUGCUUGGAAGUCCCGGAUGCUGCCGCCGCCGCUACGUGGCAUUUGGCCGUAACACAAGCCCUGAUCGGGGCUGCGACUCCCGAUGUCCGGUCUACGCCGGCAUCCCUUGCGCCCGAUCCCGCCAGCGCGGUUGGCCCAUCUUCAUCUGUGGUCGCGUCGGCUCCGGAGAUCUUCAACUGCACCGUGCGCAACGUGACCUUUAUCAACGCCGAAGUCCGCGUCGUGAAAUGCACGAUCGACAACGUGUCGAUUGACUUUACCGCCAACAGGUUUGGGGCGUUGGGCGCGCUGUCCCUACUCCAUGAAAUGGAUGCUCGAGUGGGUCACAACCACUUGUUUAAGCGCAGCUUGAUCUUGAUCAAGUCGUGGGCGAUGUACGACAGUUGCCGGUUCAUCGUGGGGCCAGGGCGCAGCAACAUUUUGGGCGCCGUGUCGGGCGCGCUGUCGACGUUUGCGCUCAACACGAUGGUCAUGUGCAUUUUCAACUUGUACGGGAAGCGCAUUGUCCAUCCGCUGCAAGGCCUGAUGGAGUUCCUCCACAUGUUUGCCGACUUUGACUGGCAAUACCACGCCGUGAGUUUGUUUGGCGCGGUGCCGAUAGCGUCCCUGAACAACUCGUCGCCGUCGAAAUCAAAGGACACGAUGCUGAUUGACGAAGCGUUCGUGGCCCAGCUCAAGGCCAAAGUCGACCAAGUGAGCAGCCCCGACGUCAAGCCGCCGACGGUACUGCCGUUCCAAGUCCGUGCCUGCAAUGUUGUAGACCCCCUGAACGAAUCCAACAACGUUGCGCGCAGCGUGACAGCCGACAAUCUGGCAGAAAUGAAGCAAGCGUUCCAGGGUGCUCGGCAAGCGCUCGUCGAUAUCUUUUACGAGGGGUGGCAGAGCGCCGAAUACAACAGCUCGGCAAACGAUGACGUGCACGCCGAAGAUAUUUUGGCACACGUCGAGCGUGUGGAUACGUUGUUUGCAAACGGGAUGCAGAUGUACAGCAGUGGGUGGCGGCCCGACCUGCUCGUCCAUCCGAGGCAGCUCUGGCAUGGCCCGGCCAUGCACCUCGGUGGGGGAGGUGCCGACGACACCGACGUGCUGCAGACCCAAAUUCCCGACAUGUUCCGAUGAUAGAAAUCCGCCCACGAAUAGAAGGAUGUUUUAAGUUGGC